AUGUCUAUGGGUAGGACUUACGCAAAGGUGACUAGGGAGGGCUCGGUAAGAAGCAACAACGCGGGAUACCUAGAGGCAAGAAGGGCCCUGGCCAGAGCUCCCGUGGUGAUAAUCGAUAUAGAGGAAGGCGGUCCAAUGUAUUCUGAGUUGAUGAGGAGAGCGAGAGAGAAUAUCUCGUUGGAGGACAUGGACAUCAGAGACACUAAAAUAACGAAGACAUUGAAGGGAUCAUUGGCAGUGCAGGUGUACGCUGCAGAGGCAAGACAAAAGGCGAAGGGGUUGGCGGAGAAGAUAAGAGAGCUCUACAGGGGCAACGAAAAAGUAAAAGUAUACAGCCCAAGCCCCACUGGGGAAUUGAUUAUCUGGGACUUGGAUGAGACAAUUGAGGAAGAAGAGGUAAGGCAAACUGUGAUCAAGCUAACUGGAAUGGAAACUGAAGACAUCAAGAUCGGAAGCAAGAGAGUAAUGAGAAACGGCAUGUUUUCCCUCUGGGUCAGAUGCCCUUUGGAAGAGGCCGUUAAGCUAUCAGAGAACGGAAAGAUACGGAUAGGGUGGAGUUCAUUAAGGAUUCAGCUCCUUAAAAAACGACCAAUCAAAUAUUUCAGAUGUAUGGCGAGAGGUCACACGAGAGAAAGUUGCCCAAGCAAAAUAGAUAGAUCCGGGUGCUGCUAUAACUGUGGAAGGCAAGGACACAGGGCAGAAACGUGCAGAUCACGGGCAGUGUGCCCGGUGUGCGUCGAGAGAGGCGUGGAGGCAGGACACAGGGCGGGCGACGCAGUGUGCCCGCCAGUAUAUGGUAGACCAGUCCUCGGAAGGAUUCCCCGCCAAGGGGAGGGACAGAAGGGGGAGUAG